GUUUUUUCGCUGGUAGUAACUUUGUACCUAAAAGACAUCCCACUUUACCACCGCUAAAAGUAAUCGCAAAGCUCCGAGCUCCAACUUAUUCCGCCUACAACUUUGGAACCUGACACAAAUACAAACGCACUUCCAAAUUCCACGCCGCCGUUAUUUGAAGCUGGCCGAGUACCUCCAUUCGUUCAACCAUUGAACUCGACGUAGAACCACUAUUUCCAAGCAGCCUCGGUACCAGUUCUUUUUACGCCCGACAUCAUUGCCCACGAGAACGCCGUUGCCGUUGAAUGUGAGGAUUUGGUGGGGGAGCUUCUCGUAAACACCAACCAUGCCACAACCACUCAGCUCGAAAGAGAAUUCUCUCUUUCGGCAGGUCAUCCGCAAUUAUGAAGACAAACAGUACAAGAGAGGCCUGAAGGCGGCUGAGCAGAUCCUCAAGAAGAACCCUAAGCAUGGUGAUACGAUGGCUAUGAAAGCAUUGAUCAUUAAUCAACAAGGGAAGACGGAGGAGGCAUUUGCGUUAGGAAAGGAGGCCUUAACAGCUGACAUGAAAUCUCAUAUAUGUUGGCAUGUCUAUGGUUUAUUAUACAGGCACCAGAAGAAUUUCGAGGAGGCUAUCAAGGCCUACAAGUUCGCCUUGAAACUAGAGCCCGAAUCUCACCAGAUCCAGAGAGACCUUGCCUUCCUCCAGAUCCAAAUGCGCGACUAUCAAGGCUACAUACAAAGCAGAACAGCCAUGCUCCAAGCUAGACCCCAGUUGAGACAGAACUGGACUGCACUCGCAGUUGCGCACCAUCUAGCCGGCAAUCUCUCCCAAGCUGAGAAGGUUCUGACUACAUACGAGGAGUCCUUGAAGGUACCACCGUCCAAAACGGAUUACGAGAACUCGGAGGCUGUUAUGUACAAGAACUCCAUCAUUGCCGAGAUGCAAGACUACCAGAGAGCCCUCGACCACCUAGAGUCUGUCGCGAAGCACAACCUUGACCGCUUGGCUGUCUUAGAGCUUCGCGCGGAGUAUCUAUCGAAACUCGGCAGAAACGAAGAGGCAGCGGAUGCCUACCGCACCCUACUUGACCGUAACCCCGAACAUCCUGACUACUACGCCCGCCUUGUAAACGUACUAGGCAUCGAUUCUAGUGACUCCGCGGCUAAAAAGACUAUCUACGAUGAGUAUGCUGAAAAGAAUCCUCGUUCUGACGCUGCCAAACGAUUGCCCUUAGACUUCCUCGUCGGUGACGAGUUCCGAGAAGCAGCCCGAAGUUACUUAACAUUCAUGUUAGACAAGGGGGUUCCUUCAACGUUCGCCAAUCUUAAGCAUCUCUAUACCGAUUCAUCCAAGCGAGAUAUUCUCGGAUCCUUAGCACACGAGUAUCUUGAAUCAAAACGUACAUCUUCCGACGGCAACACGACCACCAAUGGAGACGCAUUAAAGGGGGAACCAGCAGCAUUGUACUACCUUGCGCAACAUUACAAUUACCACCUAAGCCGUGAUCUUACGAAAGCGAUGGAAUUUGUUAACAAGGGAAUCGAAUCAUCACCUGACAAUGUUGAAUUCCACAUGACCAAGGCUAGAAUAUGGAAGCACUAUGGCAAUAGCCAAAAGGCCUCGGAAACAAUGGACCAAGCUCGCCAACUUGACCUCAAGGAUCGAUACAUCAACACGAAGGCGGCGAAAUACCAGCUUCGAAAUAACGAAAGUGAGACUGCUCUAAAGACGAUGGGCCUUUUCACAAGGAACGACUCGCCAGGUGGUCCACUCAACGAUUUACUCGAAAUGCAGAGUGUGUGGUACCUAACGGAAGAUGGAGAAGCAUGGGUGCGCAACAGGAACAUCGGACUGGCCCUCAAGCGAUUCCACGCCGUCUACAAUAUCUUCGAGGUCUGGCAGGAGGAUCAAUUCGACUUCCACAGCUUUUCUUUGCGGAAAGGACAAAUCCGUGCGUACGUGGAUAUGAUUCGAUGGGAGGACCAUAUUCGUGAGCAUCCAUUCUACACUCGUGCUGCCCUCGGCGCUAUAGCUAUCUACGUUAGUAUGUAUGAUAGCAGCCGAGCAGUAAAUGGAGUAGACGGAUCUACGGGCGCCAACGGAGACGAUGCCGCGGAAAGGAAGAAGGCAGCCAAGAAAGCCAAGAAAGAGGCGCAGAAAGCCGAGCGAGAAGCCGCUGAGAGAGCCGCCAAGCAAGAUCCUAACAAAUCAAAAGCCUCCUCCGAGCCUAUCAAGAGGGAUGACGACCCGAACGGAUUCAGACUCGUUUCGACGACCGAUCCCCUGGCCGAAGCGACGAAAUUUCUCGCACCUAUUCUUCAGUACAGUCCUAAGUACAUCGACGGCCAAAUUGCCGGUUUCGAGGUCUUCAUUCGAAGAGAAAAAUACGUCCUCGCUCUUCGAUGUUUGAAUGCCGCAUUGGCAAUAGACCCGGACCACCCCGCAGUUCACGAGCAGGUCGUCCGAUUCCGUCAAAUUCUCAACGAGAAACUCGGAUCUCUACCUCCCAAGGUUGCCGAAGUUUUGAAGUCUGGAUUCACUGCCAUAGAUGCCUCAGCAGACCUUAAGAAGUUCAAUGCGGACUUCCAACAGAAGCAUAAGGACAGCGCAGAACACGUUAUCUCUGCUACCAAGAUAGAGAGACUGCUAGGAGAUGAUAAGAAGAAGAGUGAGAAAGAUCUCGCGGGAGUUCUCAGCCUGAAGGAUAUUCAGUACGACCAAGCAGCAGAAGCAUUGGCUCUCUUGGAGCAAUGGCGUAGUAGUGAGGCCGAGACUUUUAAGAAGGCUGCUCACGAGAAGUGGCCCGAGGUUACUGCAUUUGCGUGAUAUACCCUCGAAAGGAGACGCGUGUAGUAUGGGACGAUUGACAUCCACUUCCCCGUCAUCAAUUCAUUAUUUCAUCUAUCGUUGGGCCCUUUUUUCACGAAGAAUCAUGAGGAUCGGGGUGGCAGACAACGCAUUGCAUCUUAUUCCCGGCAGGACAGGGGAGGUGUAAGUAUGUAAGGCUUGCAUAAUCCUGCGCUCGGCAUGGGCUGGGGAGGAGAGAAUCAAAAAAAAAAAAGAAAAGGGGCAAUAGACAGCGGGUUUACGCUGUGUUCCGUGUAUGGGGACGUAGCUAGGGAUGGUUCUUGAAAGGGAGCCUUCAAAUAGGUACAGAAAAUGAGAAAGUCGGUGACUAAAUGUCUUGUCUGUUUUUUUUGCAUGCUCAACUACCUGGUGGGUACCCAGAUAGCUACGUGAUAUUUGCUGGUGAUCUAUCUAGAGUGAUGCGG